CCUGGCAAAACUCUCACCUCGGACCAAGGUUCGUUCGCCUUAGGCUUCUUUACCCCCUCAGAGUCAACUAAAAAUAUGUAUGUUGGCAUAUGGUUCAACGACAUGUCUGGGUUGCCAACCGCGAUAGUCCGAUCACCGAUGCUUCAUCCACGGUGCUUUCUAUGACCAACAGCUCGAGCCUUGUGUUGUCUCAAACCAAUGGCCGCCACAUACUUUGGAUGGCAAACACAAUUACUGGCAGCAACUCUUCAGCCAAACUUCUCAACAGUGGCAAUCUUGUAGUCCUAUCAUCAGACGGUGCCAUGUUAUGGCAGAGCUUCGAAAACCCAAGCGACGUCGUCCUUGCUGGUAUGCCUAUGCGGGACACCCACAAGACACACCCACCAUGGCGGAUCAUCUCUUGGAAGGGCCCUGAUGAUCCGUCAAAAGGCAGGUUCUCUGCUGGGAAAGACCUUGCCACUCCCCUACAGUACUUCGUCUGGGAUGGGUCAGUGCCAUACUGGCAUGCUCCAGUGUGGAACAACUAUGUAUACUCCAACAUGGAACUGCAGACCGUUAGUUCGCUCAUGUAUUUGACAAUUAACAAGGGCACGGACGAUGAGACCUAUUCAACAUUUGGACUAUCAGAUGGCUCCUCCAGGAUAUUUUACAAGGUUGACUACUCCGGAAAGACGAUGCUGUUGAGAUGGAAUACCAGCUUGACAGAUUGGACCGCCCUUCAACAGUUGUCAGCUUACGAGUGCAAUCUCGAUGGAUAUUGUGGUGCAUACGGCUACUGCGACAACACAGAGGCAACUCCCACAUGCAAGUGCCUUGAUGAGUUUGUCCCUAGUAACAAAACAGAGUGGGUUAGAGGCAGUUUUUUUCAUGGUUGCCGGCGAAAGGAGGAACUGCAAUGUGGUGGAGAGGACCAUUUCUUGACCUUGCCAGCAAUGAAGGUGCCAGACAAAUUCAUACGCCUGUGGAAUAAAAGCUAUGAUGACUGUGCAGUGGAGUGCAGCAAAAAUUGCUCAUGUGUAGCGUAUGCUUAUGCUAAUCUAAGCACCAGCAACAUUGAUGGGGAUGCAACAAGGUGCCUGCUGUGGACCAGGGAGCUGAUUGACGUGGAGAAGGGUGGCGCCGUCGGCAAUGAGAACCUGUAUCUCCGGCUUACUGCCUUGUCAAGCAAAGGGCGAAAGAGCAUCGUAAUAAAAGUUAUACCAGCAAUGUCAGCAAGUGUGUUGCUGAUACUUCUAUUGGCAUGCCUUGUAUGGUUCCACAAGUUUAAAGGCAAACAUGACAAAAAAGAAAGACUGAAGAGACCGAUGAUGGGGGAUUUGCGCGUUAGUGAUGGACUUGGAGAGGAAACUCAUGAACUUCCAUUUAUUAGCUUUGAGGAAAUAGUCGAUGCAACAAACAACUUCUCUAUGUACAAUUUACUCGGAGAAGGUGGCUUUGGCAAGUUUACAAGGGGCUCUUACGUGGCAACAAAGAAGUUGCCGUUAACAGGCUGAGUAGAGGUGCUAGGCAGGGGGUAAUAGAAUUCAGGAAUGAAGUAGUUGUGAUUGCUAAACUGCAACACAAAAACCUUGUAAGGCUUCUCUGUUAUUGUGUGCAGGGUGAUGAAAAGCUACUUAUUUAUGAGUAUCUACCAAACAAAAGCCUGGACACCUUCCUUUUCAAUUCUGAAAAGAAGCCAAUGCUUCAUUGGCCGACACGAUUCAAUAUAAUAAAAGGAGUGGCUAGAGGGCUACUCUAUCUCCAUCAAGAUUCAAGACUGAUGAUAAUCCAUAGGGAACUCAAAACAAGCAACAUUUUGCUAGAUGGAGACAUGAAUCCCAAGAUAUUUGAUUUUGGAAUGGCAAGAAUCUUUGGCGGAGAUGAGCAACAAGCAAACACUAACCGAGUUGUCGGAACAUACGGUUAUAUGUCAACGGAAUAUGCAAUGGAAGGCCUCUUUUCUGUUAAGUCUGAUGUCUAUAGCUUCGGGGUAUUGCUCAUGGAAACUGUAAGUGGUCUAAGGAUAAGCUCAACGCAGAACAUCAAGGAGUUCCCCAACCUUAUAAUAUAUACAUGGAGUCUAUGGAGGGAAGGGCUAGCAAAAGAUCUGGUGGAUCCAUCUGUUUCAGAGAGCUGCUCGAAUGAAGAAGUUUUGUGUUGCAUCCAUGUUGGGCUCUUGUGUGUUCAAGAUGACCCGGAUGCCAGACCACUCAUGUCAACUGUUGUAUCAACCUUGGAGAGUAGAAGCACACCACUUGCAACGCCUGAUAAGCCACUAUAUUUUUCUCAGAGGAAUAAGGUAGCAAAGAGAGCAGAAUACGGUCAGAACUCUGUGGAUACGGAGACUCUUACAGUAAUAGAGGGGCAGUAGGCUCUCGAAGUUUUUGAGUUUUGCCCGUGCACUGUUUCUCAGUUGUCCCAGCAAUCUGCUAAAGGAUUCAGCUGCCACCGGAAUCACACGCACUGUAGUUCUCUUUUGAUGUGGCAUGGCAUGCCUUACAGAAAAUUUUGUUGUAUCUGUAUUUUCCACUCUAGUAUGGAUUCUGGAGUAUAACAGUUUCUACUUUUUUUUAAUAAACCAUGCUGUACGUCAUGACAAGUACAGAAAUUUAUUUUAUGGUCAAAAGACAGAAGUAACAAAGAUUUUCACUUAUUAGAGAUACAGAA